CCGGCUCAGUGCGAUUCGCUUUAGCGGCGCUCCGGGCUCCGUCCGCUCUCACUGCGCGCCUUUUAGUUCGCUGCCUGUGUGUGUGUGUGUGAGUGUGUGUGUGUUUUUAGUUGGGUUUUAGCGAUGGAGGGAGACGGGAGCCAAGCCACGUCCGGGAGUCCGACCGAUUCGCAACACGACCCAGGUAAAAUGUUUAUCGGUGGCCUCAGCUGGCAAACUUCACCAGACAGCCUUAGAGACUAUUUUAGUAAAUUUGGAGAAAUCCGAGAAUGUAUGGUGAUGAGGGAUCCCACGACCAAGCGCUCCAGGGGAUUUGGGUUUGUUACGUUUGCAGACGCCGCCAGUGUAGAUAAAGUUUUAGGUCAACCUCACCACGAAUUAGACUCAAAGACGAUUGACCCUAAAGUUGCCUUUCCGAGACGUGCUCAACCCAAGAUGGUCACAAGAACAAAGAAAAUAUUUGUAGGCGGAUUAUCAGCUAACACAGUAGUCGAAGACGUGAAGCAGUAUUUCGAACAGUUUGGCAAGGUAGAGGACGCCAUGCUCAUGUUUGAUAAAACUACAAAUAGGCAUAGAGGAUUUGGCUUCGUAACUUUCGAGAAUGAGGAUGUGGUGGAGAAAGUCUGUGAGAUUCAUUUUCAUGAAAUCAAUAAUAAAAUGGUAGAAUGUAAGAAAGCUCAACCCAAGGAGGUGAUGUUUCCCCCGGGGACACGAGGGCGAGCCAGGGGUCUACCCUACACCAUGGAUGCCUUCAUGCUAGGAAUGGGAAUGCUGAGUUACCCAAACAUCGUAGCGACGUACGGCCGUGGAUACACUGGCUUUGCCCCGAGCUACAGCUACCAAUUCCCUGGGUUCCCCGCGGCAGCGUACGGUCCGAUGGCGGCGGCGGCAGUGGCAGCAGCACGUGGUUCAGGUAGGGGGGCCCGUGGAAGAGGCGGCUACGCAGCAUAUCCGCACAGCACAGGGCCAGGCUUCCCCGAUUAUGGUUUCUAUUCCACGACAAGUGACCAACGGGGGCCCCCCUUCUCCUUUGCGGACUAUGGCUCCCUAGGCCCGCAGGCGGCUCAGCUGCUUCAAAGCGAGCAUGCCACCUCGGCCUGCAACUCCCCCCUGCAGCACCUGCCCAGCCCGGAUCAGUAUAAGAGCCCAGGCACCAACCCUCCACGGCCUGGAACUUUUCCUGGAGCGAGCAGUCCAGGACCUGUGGCUGACCUGUAUGGCCCCACCAGCCAGGACUCCGGCGUGGGCAAUUACAUAAGUGCUGCUAGCCCUCAACCUGGUUCUGGCUUCGGCCACAGUAUUGCUGGUCCUUUGAUUGCGACAGCAUUUACAAAUGGAUACCAUUGAAACCCUAACAGGUGGUUGGUUGCCAUCUCAAUUGAGCAGAGUUUAUCGGGAGGUCCGGGGAAGACAGGCCGCAGUUUCUAACUGGUUUUGUAUACAGGUAACGGCCGUACAACUCCAAGCACUACAGCGUGGAACCGACAAGGAAAAGCUGAGAUGGCAGGAUCGGAAGAACAAAAGAAAUGUCUGAAUCAUCUCAGAAACAAAAAAAAAAACCCAACAUUAAUCUGCUGUACUAUAAUGAAAACCUGGAUUUUUCUUUUUUCUUUUUUUUCUUUCUUCCUAAUGUAUCGCCAUAGGAUGAUGAUGUUGUUCUGUCCUUUUUCACCUCUUUUCCCUCGUUUCAGUGACGUUGUUUCUUUAACAUCUUUUAUCAUAUAGUCUGGAGCAGCCUUUGAGGUUGACUAGUUUUAAAAUAUUUUCAUUAUAUACGAUGUUCUCAGAUGAGAAGGACUCUGUAAAUGUACAUUUUCUCUCUUUUUUUCUUUUAGUGUAAUAACAUCACUAUAGUUGUCUUUUCACUCUUGGCUCUUUGUAAUAAUACCCAAUGUUUCACGUUUUCAGAUUUCAUUUCGUUCAAGCAAGAAAACUGAAGGACUUGCUUCAAAAAUCAUGAUUUUUCAACCUUUAAAAGAGCAACAAGAGGGUAACUAAGAAAUCUAAGUAGCUCCGUUCUUUGUUUCGUGUGCCGUCUUGUUGUCAUCAUUAUUAUCUAUUUUGGGCAAUAAGAGGACUACAAUAUUUUCACGGUCCUUUUUUAUAAAUGUUUUUUUUUUUCCUUGUUGUUGUCGUCGUUGUCGAUAAAAGAAAAAAUAUAUAAAUUUCUUUUUAAUACUUUGUGAAAUGAGAUUUAAAAAGAAAAAAGUUAUGAAAUCUGUAAAUAUUACUCAUAACUACAUCGAACCAUCUCAGAGAGAACCAUAUUUUUGUGAUGGUGUUCUAGAGGUCGUACUGUGCUCAAUCUAAAAUAUGUUUUAAAAAAAAAAAAAAGAAAGAGAGAAAAAAGAUCUUUCAGGCUCGGUGUGGUAACUGAAAUCCAUUUGUAGCACAAAAGCCGUGAGAACCCGACUGCAGACACAAGCUCAAUAAAACACUGUUAGCUCGCUCUGUAAAUACUGUUGGCUUUCUAACUGUGCAGGUAGCAAACCAGCAUAUCGACUAGAUUGUGAGAUCAGAUGUGCACAGCUUUCACAGUGAAAAUACUUACACGCAUACACACAAAUCAGCAUUGUAUAAACAAAAUCGAACUGAAAUCCAAAGCACAUGUUUGUUUCAUGUUUUUUUAAGUACCAGUGAUGAAAUUAGACAUUUUUAAGAACUGAACUGUUUCUUUUUCUUCUCACUUGGUUUUAAUUUAGAGUUUUCCCGUAGUCCUUAAAAAAAGUAGUACACAGAACGCCUGGUUUUGGAAACAAAAAGGCAAUAUUUCAAGAUUUUUAGUAAUUUCUGACUUACCGUGAUCAAUUAGGAACGGUUUUUUGCACCAUUACCUCAGUCCUGUGGGAUGUACUUUAGAGGACGUAACAAAUUAAUUUAUUUUAUCGUGAGACAAAAUAAAUAAUAAAAAAAUGAUUGUCUUGAAAUUUAAAAGAAUCAUUGCACUGUGAGAAAGAACUUAUUAUUUUCUAUUUGCACAUGUUAAAGGAUGUUCUCAACCGUGGGUCAUAUGAAGGAUUCGUAUUCGAAUAGAAACGGUGUCCCCGCUCUUCACGGGCUGCGUUUGUGGAAUAAUAAUUUUACCGGGCAUUUUAUUUUUGUGCUUCUGAUCUGCCAACGUUACAGCUGAGUUUAUUGGUAGCAAUAGUUCAAAUCCUCCGAUACACUGAAACUGAAUGAAAUCAGUAGCUGCUACACGUACAUGUUGGAUCUGACGAGAUCGAAUUGAUGCUAAAAUAUAUUCUUAGUGAAAUAAGAGUAAUAUUUAAGAGUGUAAACUGACUGAUAUUUGCUGUUGUUCAUCCUUGCUGCAAAUGUGUUUUCUUUUUUAUUUUUCUCCCUUUUUUUCAGCAGUUUUACUGAAAGUGACUCGAAGUGAUGAAAUUUUUUCGUACGUUUCGGGGGGGGGGGGGGAAUAAGUAAAAGCAAUGCAGAAAGAUAGCUUCCUGCUUCCUGUUUAAACUGUUUCAAAAGACAAAACUACUCAAAACAGCGUGAUCCCCGUCGCGGUUUGAAAAACAACGGGGGAUUUUUAUUGCUAUUUUUGUGAAAGUGAAUGACUAUGUUAAAUAUGUUGCUGACUAUAUUACAGUUAUUAUGUACUGUAUUUAUCAUUUGAUGAUCUCUCCAUUCCCUGUCGCAUCAUCCAGUAAUCUUCUGUUGAUCAUUGUGUUUCAGUAGUGUGUAAAAAAAAAAAAAAAAAAAAGGAAAAAAAACCUAAACAAAUUUACCUUGUUAAAGAGUGCUGUCGUUGAUGCCAGUGUAGUGGUCUGUACAUUUCUCUGUUGAUCCGUUUCACUCUCUCUCCCCACCUCCCCCCGUUUUCUGCCCUGCUUUUGUCUUCUUGCUCUUUCACUAUAUCUCUGUCUCACUCUCUCUUAGUGAAUAGUCAUAGAUGUUAUGUAAUCAACGUUACAGUAGAGCUGUAGUGAUUAGUAGAUUUAGGACCAGUAAGGAUAGAACUUUCUCUUGAUAAUCAUUUAAACAAACAAAAAAAAAAAUGCUGAACAUUGUUUUCAUGCCGUUUUCAUGUUACUUUUUGUAGUCAUCUGGUUGUUGGUUUUUUUUUUUUUUUUCUUUCUUUCUUUCUGAUUCUCAUGUGGUUUCAACUAACCAAAGCUUUCAUGAUAAAAUCCAGAAAAAAAAGUAAUUGGUGUAAGACAGAGUUGUAAACAAGGCAUUAAUUGGAUCCCAACCCUUGAAUGUUUGGAAAGGGGUAUGCCAUACUACCUUAAAUGCUAAUGCUUUAUAUGCAAAAAUGUUUUGUUUUCUUUCUUUCUUUCUUUCUUUCUUUUUUUUAAGAGGGACAAACUUUAUAAUUAUGGAAAGGACUUUAUUACAUGAAUGGGAAAAAAAUUUAUUAUUUUUUUAGUACGUUCUACCUGACUAAUGAUAAUCUAGCCAAUUAAUUAUAGAUAAACGGAUAAAACUGUAAUAGGUUUUGAUAUUUAUACUCUUUAAAAAGUCCACUACUAUUUUUAAAUGCUUUUUAAUGUCAAUGUGGUGGCAUAGAUCCAUAUUCAGUUUUAGGUUUUUUUGUUCACUUCAGUGCCAGUUCUUCACGUUAAUCAAAAGCUAAAGUAGAUCUCAGCAACGAAAAAAACAGAUGAUUGGAAUCUUAAUUCUCAUACAGUGUCUUAAACAAUCCAACAGGUCUGUCAGCUGGUAUUGUUAAAGUCUAAACAGAUUUAUCAAGACAUGGUUGAUUAUUGUUAUCUAUAGAAGAAGAAUACAACAGUGAAAUCUGAGCAAUUUUUUUCUGAAUGAAAUCUGUUCUCAGGGAUUAUGAAUGUAAGCUAAUUCUAAUCAAACUCCUCUCUAGGUGAGGUUUAGUGCAUAACUACUUGUGGAUUCUGUCUCUCUGAUAACGUGCUCUCAGAUUUCAUUCAGACUCACACACUGAGCCAGUUUUACUACGCGCUCUGGUACGGAAUUUAACCGGUUGUGAUUUGUGAUUGUGGUUCUAGAUUCCAAAAGAACCCUGUCUUUUAGGAAAACACUGUUGUUUGUCAUUAUAUCCGUGUAACCUUUAGAUCAUUCCUAAAAAUACAAAUGUUAAUGGCUCUAGAUUUGACCUUUUUCAGCCAUGCUGUUACAUAAAUAAAGUAUAUUGAUCUGUUAUGUGAAGUUGUUAUGAGCACGCUACAAACAUUCGUUUGUUUUUUAUAACUUUUCUCAAAUUUCACAUUUACAAGAUGAUAUAUUCACGCAAGCGUAUGAGUUAAUGCACUACAGUGUUUUAAUCAUGAUCUGGCUUUUGAUUAAAAUGAAGCCUGGCGAUCCGUAUUUGAUAGCCUUCUAUAAUGUCUCUCAGUCAUUUCCUUUUUUUUCUUUCUUUACUUAUUUAUACAUUUUUCUUUUCUAAUUUGAUCUUGUAGCUUGGACUUUAAGGUAGCAUGGCUCUGUUGCCAUUAUUUUAUUUUUCCAUCGACAGCCGUUUACAGCAGAUGAAUGUUACACAUCUUGCUAGAAUAGUUAAAUCAUUGGAUAAUUGUUGGUUUUGGAAAAAAAAAAGGAAAAGAAAAAAAAAUGACCUGGAAGGUGUUGGGUGAUAUUCGAAAAAGAACUACCGUAUCCAUUCAAAACUUGAACUUUGAGGCAAGUGCUAGGUAAUGGCCAAAACGAUCAUCCCAUUAUUGAAGGAACAAACUACGCUGUCUACACACACACACACACACACGCACGCAUAGAUUCAUACAUGCAUACACACACUCUGUAAUGACAUACUGUAAUGACAUAUGUAUAUACUUGUAUACAGAUACAGGAUAUAUAUGUAUAGUGUAUAUAUCUCUUUGUUAAAUUGUUAAAGCUGCCUCAUAAUGCUUAUGAAUCAUUUGUAGUGGCCCAGGGAAAACGUUUGGGUCAGUAGUCUACACUGAAAUCAUGUUCGAAAAUCACGUGUUGUGAAAAAGCUGCAUCGUGCACUACUGGGACAGUUAGAAAGCCGGGACCCGUGUUGUUUUAACUGUGUUCGUGUCCCUUUAACUCUGUGGGGACGCGGUACAGUUCGCACGGCAGGUGUCACAGGGGAAUGGUGUUUAUUUCUGACGCUUCCUUCGGGAACUUGCUCUCCUGUUUUCCUCCCCAGCUUUCGCCUCUCUGAUUGCCUUGUCCAUUCCUAACACUUGCCCAUUUUUUAACGGACUUUUUACCGCAUGAACUGACUGAACGGACUGACGUCUGAAAGCAUCUUUCAGGUCUUCUUCUAUGGCUUGCUUAAGCCCUGUUGUAAAAUAAACUAAAGUGGAUGGGGGUCUCUCACAUCUCAGAUGUGGAAAGUAUAAUUUUAUAUUUGUAUUUUCAAAUAAUUAUGAUAAUAAAAAAUGUUUGUGAAAGGUUUCCAUCCUCUACUGUGGUCCAGAAAUCAAUGUGUUUGUCUGGAGAAGAUUUAAAAAAAUAAAAAUAAAAAAAAAGAAUAAUAAAGUAAACUGUUUUGAAACAUUUCAUGGUUUUUUGAUUUUGAAUUAACAUUUUUUUCAAGCAAAUGAUGUGUGAUUUAAAUUAUGAAUAUAUCUGCAAAAGAAUGUAUA